AACGGGUAGCGGGUCAGCCCGAACCCGUUUUACCAAGCGCGUAGGUAGAUAGACCAUUAGAGACGACGACGAUUCCGAACUGUAGAAAUUAGAAACGAUCUAGAGAGAGAAAGAGAGGAGAGAGAGAGAGAGAGAGAGAGAGAGAAUUUCAGAGAGACAAAAUUAAACAAAAAUAUAUCUAGGGAUAGAAGAUCGAAGAAAGUGAUUUUGGAGAGGUGGUUGGUUCGCCUGGAAGAUGAACGGCGGCCCAUCUGGUUUCAAUAAUGCGCCGGUAACAAGGAUUAUAGUAAUUGCGAGUGCUCUGUUUACAGUCGUAUUUGGGAUCCAAGGUCGCUCCAGAAACCUCCCAUGGUCUUAUCAGGAUAUAUUUAAGAAACUUCAAAUAUGGAAGCUCAUAGUUACAGUUUUUGGGUUUUCGUCUACACCAGAGCUAGUCUUUGGAAUAUAUCUGCUGUACUACUUCCGCGUGUUUGAGAGGCAAAUUGGUUCUAAUAAAUACACAGUAUUUAUCCUAUUUUCUGUCAUCACGUCUUUACUGCUUGAAGUCCUUGCGCAGUGGCUACUUAAAGAUCCCUCCUUGAAUAUACUCACAUCUGGACCCUAUGGCCUUAUAUUUGCUUCAUUUGUACCCUUCUUUUUCGACAUUCCUGUUUCAACAAGGUUCCGUGUGUUUAGGUUCAACUUUUCCGACAAGACCUUUAUCUAUUUAGCCGGUCUUCAGCUAUUCUUGUCAUCAUGGAGAAGAUCCAUGCUACCGGGGAUUUGUGGUAUUCUAGCAGGUUCCUUAUAUCGCUUGAAUGUUUUCCGUGUGCGCAGGGUUAAGUUUCCUGAAGUUAUAGCCUCGUUCUUCUCAAGACUGUCUUGGCCAUCUACCGGGACCACAUCUCCCACCAGAUCAUCUAGGAAUGUUCUAGGAAGCGCACCGACCUAUGCCAGUCGAAGAGCGGAGGCAAAUGCUCCAGCUCUAUUAUCAACCUUGCUAGAACCACCAGAGGAGUCCAUUGGCACACUGGUUUCGAUGGGGUUUGAUAGGAAUUCAGCGAGACAAGCACUCAUACAUGCCAGGAACGACAUUAAUGCUGCCACCAAUAUCCUUCUCGAGUCACAGGGACAUUGACCGAGCUCUAUCUAGUUAUGGUGUCGGAAAAUAUUACGUGCAAAUUAAACCGAAGAUGCAACUCCAUCCAAGUGAACGAUGAAUUCAUGGUUCAUUCUAAAUCUAAUAGUGAGAAGCUUACUCUUGAGAAAAUCUUUACCUCGCCCCAAGUUUUAUCAUUGAUAUUAUUAUGUCCUCCUUUCUUUUUCUUUUUUUCUAUGUUCACUUCGGCUUUUACUCCUUUUUUUUUUUUUUUUUAUCGCAGCUAACUUUCAAUGGACUAUGAAUGAAUAUGAAUAGCUGUAAAAAUUUGUAUAGUUGCUUAUCAAGCGCGUAGGGUUAUUGACUGUUGAACUCUUAACUUCAUUCUCGAUCUUGUUCGGGCGACUAUGUUUCCAGUUGCAAGUUUCUGCUG